CUCGAGCGGAGACUGUGCGAUGGGGGUUGUUUUGAUUAAAAAUGGACGAAUAACUCCAGUUUUUCUGUUUUUAACAUCGAGAAGAAGAUGUUUUUAAGAGUUAUCAGCCCUCGCGCUCGCAGCUGCUCUGGACAGUUUGGUGUAACUUUAGAAUAAUCCUGGAUAAAACUUCUCCUCUACUUUUCCAAAGCUCGGGACCAGACUGCGCUCCUGUGCUAAGCUAAGCUGCUAGCCCAAAGUGUGGUAUGUGCUGCAGAUAUGGAUGGAACUAAUGCAAACUGCUCUUUAAGUCUCACAGAUCAGAAUAUGCGCAUAUGAUCCACGUUUGCGCCACUGCUGCUUUAGUUUGACGCAGUGAGGACAGGGCAGGUGCACCUCCUGCCGCACCUGCCAAAACUCACAGCGCAUCAGUGAAGAGGCUAGUGUUAGCUCCUGUUAGCUUCAUCAGGCUGCAGAGUGUGACCUGCUGGACUCCACUGUGCGCCUGUCCCGGGGAUCUGCGCCUCUUUAUCCCGGAUGACACGAGGCGCAAACUUUCUCUGGACUUUUACACAAACUUUAGUGAAGUGACAUUUGAGGAGUGACGACGUGGAUCAGAGCUGGUCUCAGGACUUUGGACAGAGUGAGCUGUGCGCAGGGAGUUCCCCUUUGCUCUCCCUUUUCACUCUCCUUUUCCUCUCUCUUUGCUCUGAUUUUCCUCUCUUUUUCCUUUCUUUUUGCUCUCCGUUUGCUCUGCUUUUCCUCCCCUUUUGCUCUCUUUCCUUUCUCUUUCCUCUUUGCCCUCCUUCUGCUCUCUUUCCUCUCCUUUUCCUCUCCUUUUCCUCUCUGUCCCCUUUCCUUUUCCUCUCUUUUUCCUCUUUCCCCUCUCUCUUUCCUCUCCUUUUCUCCUGUCAUGUCUCCCUUUCUCCCGUCCCAUCCGAUGUCCUAACGAUGCUUCUUAAACUUCUUUUUUCCCGUCGCUCUUCCACAGUUUGACCUAAAUUUUCUGCGCCUUAUGGUGCCACUACAGCCUCUAGGACAUGGAAGUCUCUCAGGCCGCUUCCCCAAACGGUGAAGGCGGUGGGACGGGGGAGCAUGGGACGGGGGAGCGGGGAGGUGGGACGGGGGAGCGUGGCUGGACUGAGCCCCCCACGACGAGGUCGUGGGCGCACUCUGCCCCUCUGUGCCCGUCUCGGUCUCUGUGGACAGCUGCUUACGACUACGAGGCGAGCGGGGAGGACGAGCUGAGUCUGCGGCGCGGGGACGUGGUGGAGGUUCUGUCCAAGGACGCGGCGAUCUCCGGGGACGAGGGCUGGUGGACGGGGAAAGUCAACCACCGCGUCGGGAUUUUUCCAUCCAACUAUGUGACGUAUCAGCCCGCGAUCUACCGUAUCCCCGCCGCCACCGCCCCGGAGCGCGUGCCAGGCUCUCCGGUGCGCAUCCCCUUCAGUGAACUGGUUUUGGAAGAAAUCAUAGGCGUGGGCGGAUUUGGCAAAGUUUACAGAGGAACGUGGAAAGAUCAGGAGGUGGCGGUGAAGGCGGCGAGGCAGGAUCCAGACGAGGACAUAACGGCCACCGCUGCCAGCGUGAAACAAGAAGCAAAACUGUUCUCCAUGCUGCAGCACCCGAACAUUAUCAAACUGGAGGGAGUGUGUUUGGAGGAGCCCAACCUGUGUCUGGUCAUGGAGUACGCCCGAGGAGGCACUCUGAACCGGGCGCUCACUGGGAGAAGGAUCCCACCUCACAUCCUGGUCAACUGGGCGGUGCAGAUCGCCCGAGGGAUGCACUACCUGCACGAGGGCGCCGUGGUGCCCAUCAUCCACCGGGACCUCAAGUCUAGUAACAUUUUAUUACUUGAAAAGAUCGAGAACGACGACAUCGGGAGGAAGACGUUGAAGAUCACCGACUUCGGCCUGGCUCGAGAGUGGCACAAAACUACAAAGAUGUCCGCCGCCGGCACGUACUCCUGGAUGGCCCCCGAGGUCAUCAAGUCCUCCCUGUUCUCCAAAGGCAGCGACGUGUGGAGCUAUGGCGUGUUGCUGUGGGAGCUGUUGACCGGAGAGGUGCCGUACAGAGGGAUCGAUGGACUCGCGGUUGCGUACGGCGUUGCGGUUAACAAACUGACGUUACCCAUCCCUUCCACAUGUCCUGAACCCUUUGCCAAGCUCAUGGAAGAGUGCUGGGACCAGGACCCCCACGUGCGCCCCUCGUUCUCCUGUAUCCUGGAGCAGCUGUCGGCCAUAGAGGAGGCGGUGAUGGCCACCAUGCCCCAGGACUCCUUCCACAUCAUGCAGGACGACUGGAGAGUGGAAAUCCAAGAGAUGUUUGAUGAGCUGAGGACCAAAGAGAAGGAGCUGCGUUCCCGAGAGGAGGAGUUGACGAGAGCUGCUCUUCAGCAGAAGUCUCAAGAGGAGCUGCUGAAGCGCAGAGAGCAGCAGCUCGCAGAGAGAGAAAUAAAUGUGCUGGAGAGAGAACUGAACAUCCUCAUCUUCCAACUGAACAAAGACAAACCCAACGUCAAGAAGAGGAAGGGAAAGUUCAAACGCUCCCGCCUCAAACUCAAGGACGGCAACCGCAUCAGUUUACCCUCAGAUUUCCAGCACAAGAUCACGGUGCAGCCGUCGCCCUCCAUGGACAAGAGGCGGAGUCUACACAGCACCAGCUCGUCCCCCCCCAGCAGCCCCACUCUCAUCCCACGACUGCGAGCCAUUCAGCUUACUAAAGACGAGAGCAAUCGUACGUGGGGUCGCAGCUCCCUCUUCAGGCCGGAGGAGUUUGAUGAUGUGAAGAAGGGAAUCAAAAAGAAAGGAAGAACAUGGGGGCCUAGUUCAGUGCAGACCAAGGAGCGACCGAAUGCAACAGAGAGAGUGAGGCCUCUGUCCGACGGCAGUAACCCCUGGUCCACUACUCAGAAAAAUGCGCCUCUCGCUGCUCUUUUUGAUGAAAAAGCUGGUCUCAGUAAAGAUGAAAUGUCUCUGGACUUUUCUGACAGUAGCAUCAAACCAAAGCAGCUCAAGUUCCCCAACCAGGUCUAUAUAGAUCUAUCUCUGUGGAGGGACGAGCAGCAACCGCAGAGUCCCAGUGGACAAAGUGGGUUGGUGGACAGCAGUGCGGCUCCAGUGAGUCCAAGUGGUCCCUCAGAGACCCCUGAAGACCCCUAUACCACCACCUCCACCUCCUCCGCCUCCACCACGCCUCAGCACACCCCCACCAACAGUCUGAAGAGGAGCUCCGCCCGCCGUAAAACUGACACAGUGCUGUACGGCUGUGGCUCUCUGCUAGCGUCGGUCGUCCUGGGAUACGACCUGCGGGAGGCGCUCAAGAACUCCGCCCCCGCCGAGGAGUCCGAGCCACAAAAGGAGGAGAAAAAGAAGAAGGAGGGUCUUUUCCAACGUGCCACCAGGUUUCGCCGGAGCACCUCGCCUCCAAACACCCGGCCUCGCAAAGAAGAGGCGCCUAAUCACAGCACGGCCGCAACCACUGCCGCCAACCUCCUGUCCAUGUCGGCCAUCAUGGAAUGCAACUCCACCAAAUGUCUUCUGCAGUCCGAGGCCGAGCUCCCUCAGACUGGCCCCGUGAAGGAGGAGGCGCCCGUCAUCAUCAACUCCUCACAACCGCUCAAGCAAGAUCCCGCGGUGAACGGUCCAAGCAACAAGCCCACGGUGCAGCAGAGCACAGCACAGAGCAGACAUCCACCUGAAGUCACCAACAACAACCCGGCCACACGUCUGCGCCGCAAGAAGUACAACAACCACAUCACAAAUGGCCCGACCACACUACCAAACCCCAUGACAGUGCAGAAGAAGCAGGAGAAGGAGAGAAACGGUGGGACAGAGGCGCCACCCGGAGGCGAGAGCGGGUCCAAACCACGGCCUGUGUCUUUAAGAGCCCUGCUGCGGGGGCGUAACAAGAGCUACUCUCUGGGCCACCUGACUGGAGAUAAGGCGGCGCAGAGCCUCGGGAUGGUGCUGGGGUCAGAGGUCACCGUGGGCUGUUCUCUGCUGGACAUGGACACAGAGGGUCAGAAGAGGGACUGCACUGUGCCGCUCUGCCGCAUCCAGAGCUCGCCGGGUCGACCCUCGCUCUUCGAACUGGAGAAGGAGUUCCUGUCCUAGAUGUCCCUGAAGGUCACCGUGGACGAGAUGCGGUUUAGCGACUACUGCCUUAACGUUCUGUACUAUUCACCUUAUUCUGGAAGUUGCCGUGGGCGCCGCCAUCGUCAUUCGGGUUGUAUUAUUUUGCAUGGGGCUGCCGUUUUUGAUAGCAAUAAGUUCUAUAGGGACAGAGCCGUUUUAACGCCUCCAGAGAAUCGGUGCUGUGUUGACUUGUUGGUUACAUGAACAUUUUACACAAAUCAACGUAUUUUAUAUCAUAUUUUAGCAGCAAAUUUUUUCUCAAACUCCACUGAAAUGAAUGGGAUUCCUGAUUAAGUGGAAGUGUGGUUUAGUAGCGUUUAGAGGCAAAAGUGGGCAAAGCGGAAUAAGGUCAAUAGAAACUGUCAUGUGAUGUUUCCGCGUCGUUUUCUCGCGCCUCAAGGAACGCGCUCUCCCUCAGAUGAAUCUUGUAAGGCCGUAGAAGUAGUAGUUGUGGAACAAGAUCAGCUCAUUUCCUCCUUUUUGUUCACACUUCUGCCUUUACCUUUUUCUGUUUGUGCAGCUAAACGUUGACCGCAGCUGCACCCUUUGCAACAAAAACCCUCACCUUUAUAUUUAUAUAUAUUUUUAUAGGUAAUUUAAUAUGAAGAAACUUGACUUUAGCAGAGUUGAGUACCUAUGCUUUUAGAUUUUGGCUUGAGAAUCAUGCAUGUGACCUAAAAUGUUGAACAAAUUCUCUUCUUAUUUGUACAUAUGUCUUACUUCUUGAUUUCUUCCAAUGCUGCAAGCUGUUUGUGCUGCGUGUGCGGUACAGUCUGUACGGGUGCCUAAACCUGGUCUUCCCAAAAUGCCAGAGUUACUACUGAGUCUUCUAUUCAAAACCCAGAUCGGUUUUACUGGGUCACAUGUUGCUAAUAUAGAUUUUGUAAAAGUAUUAGACAUAGCAUUUCUCUUUUUUUCUACUUUAUUUUUGGUAUGGUCGAUGUUAAAGUUGUAGUCAUUGAAAGAUUGCACAGUCUGGGAGUGGUCAUAGAAGAAAAAGCAACAUUGCCAGAGUGAUAUGAGCUGUAUUAUGCAACAAACGCAUUUCUAAAAGUAUGUACACGUCUUGGUGCCUUACACAUAUGCACAUCUGAGUUUACAAAAUGUUUACAUACAAGUUUGGCUCUCACAAAUAAACGGGCGCUUUGGAGAAAAACUGACAGUGCCCUUGAUAUACUGUAUCGGGUCCUGUGGCUUGAAGUCGAGCUCACUGUUUGUACACGGUUCAAAAUGGCCGCUCCCAGGUUCUCCACAUAGACUGUAUAUAUAAAUGGACAUGGCUAACGUGCUAGCUGACACGCUCCAAAAAGGAAGUGAUCAUGAGUGCUCUACAUGAUCCUGGCAUUUUUAUUUCACUAUUGUGCCUGUAAAUCAAGAUAUGAACAUUAAUAACAGACAAACCUGGCUCCUCCUUUCCCCGACGUCCCUCUCGCUAGCGUUAGCAACAGGUUUGAUUGACAGCGUUGCUAAGCUCCCGCUCCCUGCUAAACCAGCGGUGUGAGCGGGAAGGGGCGUUACCUUCAACAGGCUCGCUCCAGAUUGGCUGUUAUGAUACUCACAGUUGGAAUUCCAAAUACAAAACUCUGCUCUAGCCUCGAUGAGCUUCAUUUGACUGCCGCCGAACGCUGUGGGUGACGUCGCUCGCACUCAGUCCACUUCUUUAUACAGUCUAUGAUUCUCCCUUAAAAACAAAAAUAACAUCUCGUAUGAGCUAUUGACUGAUGACUGCUGUUUGCAAACCUAAAUCACUGUUAUACUGAAAUGUUUUUUUUAUUUCCAAAUAGUGUAAAUACUGUAUUAUUUUCCAUGGCUGUGUAUAUGGUCUCGUCAGCUCAUGUCGAAUGUGAACUGCUGUGUAUUGUAUGACUGCUGUAAAACUGUCGAGGCCCCGCAGAUCAACAGGUGAAACCUUACAAACACCUGCGAUGAAGUCCGUUGAGUGUGAUCGUUGAGUUCGGCCCCUGAAAUCAUGGUUUUAAAAGUCUGUGUUGCCAUAUUUGGGCGAAACGUUGAUGCUGAUGACCACUGUGCCUAUGACAUUCCAUUCAGUUUGGCUUAACUGUAGCAAUAAUGUGAGACUGUUGGCUAUGGGACCAAAUUCCUGUUCAAGACUAAGGCGUCUUCCUCCAGGACCAAAACCACUGAUCCUAGCUGCUAUCGGGGAGUUUUUAACUUCUCUGUCUAAAAUGUUAUGAACAACCCCUCAUUGUGAGCAUUUGUACUUCACUGACAUGACAUCAGUGAUUGGUUAACUUAACAGUAUUGGUUACUUCACCACUGAUUGAUUAAAAAUAUCAACAUUUUAAAUAAAGGCUAAAUUAA